AUGCUUCAGAGGCUUCUCUCGCUUCUCUUGCUGGCCCUCAUGGCGUCACUUACCAUGACCAGCCCCGUGGGUACGGGCAGUACCUCACCGUCCUCUGCUGUCUCUUCGUCGAGUGCUUCCGGUGGUGAAAAGCUCGUCUUCUGUCACUUCAUGGUCGGCAUCUGUGGCGGCCGCAAGAGUGCCAACGACUAUGAUGCUGACAUGAAAAGAGCCAAGGAGUCGGGUAUCGACGCCUUCGCUCUGAACAUUGGCACCGAUCCUUACACCGACGAACAGCUGCGUUUUGCGUACAUUUCUGCUGCUCGAAAUGGCAUGAAAGUAUUCCUGUCCUUCGACUUCAACUGGUGGACUCCUUCCAACGGUGCUGGCGUUGGAGCUAAAGUCAGAGAAUAUGCCGGCUACGAGGCGCAACUCAACGUCGACAACAAGGUCUUUGUCUCCUCCUUUGCAGGUGAUGGCGUCGAUGUCCAGUCUAUCGUCUCUGCGGCAGGAAGUGACAUCUUCUUUGCCCCCAACUUCCACCCCGGUGCUCUCAACUGGAUGGCGUGGCCUAGUAAUGGCUACAACAAGGCACCGACUCCUGGGCAGAAUGUAACCGUUUCGGCUGGUGAUGAGGCAUACGUCAAUGCCCUCGGUGGAAAGCCUUAUAUCGCACCUGUCUCUCCCUGGUUUUCCACCCACUAUGGUAGUGAGGUGUCUUACAGCAAGAACUGGGUCUUUCCCUCGGACCUUCUGUGGUACGAGCGUUGGCAGGAAAUCCUGCAGCUAGGUCCUCGCUUCGUUGAGAUCAUCACCUGGAAUGACUACGGCGAGUCGCACUACGUUGGUCCUCUUUCAUCGCCCCAUGGGGACGAUGGUAAUUCCAAGUGGGCUAUGGACAUGCCCCACAAUGGAUGGUUGGACAUGGCGAAGCCCUUCAUCGCUGCCUUCAAGGCAGGAUCCACCUCGCCUGAGCAUUUUGUCCAGGAAGACCAGCUCGUUUACUGGUACCGGCCGACGAAACGGGACGUCAACUGCGAUGCUACCGACACCACAAUGGGCGGCGCGAACAACGCCAGUGGUAACUUCUUCAUUGGGCGCCCAAAUGGCUGGGAGUCGAUGAAAGAUGAAGUCUUUGUAGUCUCGCUGCUCAAGUCCGCGGCGCAGGUCCAUGUGCAGUCUGGUGACCAGUCACAGACCUUCCAAGCCCCAGCCGGUAUCAGCGCCCACUCCGUCCCGAUGGGAGUUGGGAAGCAGAAGUUCGCCGUCACCCGGGGUGGAAGCACUGUCUUGUCAGGAAUCAGUCUCAAGGACGUUUCGGAUGCCUGCAUUUUCGGAAUCUACAACUUCAACGCAUAUGUUGGGACUCUGCCGGCGCCAGCCACCAUCGACCGACUGCAGCCCGAGGGGUUGGCAAUGUUGUCAAAGGGGCUGAAGGUCGCGUGCCCGACAAACACUCUCAAUGCGGCUCUUGCUACUUCGACUAGCACUUAG